AUGGCCCAACCCAGCUCCCUAACCGGGCCCCCUCCGCUCCUCGCAAACUCCUUCCCCUCCCUAACCCAACAAUUCCGGCAAAAUGUGCGCGACCACCCGGACACGCUCGCGCUGGUCUGUCCCCACCAGCCCGCGAGCCUCUAUACCGUCCAAGAUGAAGCGUCUUCGACAACGCCACAAAAGUCCAGUGCAGAGGGCUUGCGCUGGACGUACGCGCAACUCGACGAGAAGAUCGAGCGGUUCGCGACGAAUCUCCGCCGCCGCGGGGUGGGGAGGGGUUCGCUGAUGGUGCUGUUUGCGACGAAUACAGCGGAAUACGUGGUCGCGACGUGGGCGGCGUACCGGAUUGGGUGCGUGCAUGUGCCGUUGAGUCCGAGGUGCUUAGGGCAUGAGAGGGAGGCGCUGCAUAUGCUUGAGACUGCGGUGGGGGCGUGUCAGCCCGAUUCGGUGGUGGUGGUUGUUGCUGCUGCUGCUGCUGCUGCUGGGUUGGAGCGGGUUGCGGGGUUGGUUCGGGGGUUGCAGCUGCAGGUCGAGUGCUGUUUGGUUGCGAUAUCAAGCGGAGAGGUAGGGGUUAGGGAUGGGUGGGUUGGGUUUGAGGAGCUUAUGCAUGUCGCGAAGCCAGGGGGGAAGGAUGUGCAGCUGGCGGAGGAGGAACGGGACGAGGACGAUGACGAGGACGAGGACCGUCGGUCUGAUGUCAGCCAACUUUCUGACGAUGGUAGUCGUCUGUCGGAUGACUCCUUGGAGCAGCCACACCGGCAGCACCAGCAGGAAUCAUCCAUCUUCUUCACGAGCGGCACCACCUCCCUGCCCAAAGGCUGCUUCGUGCAGGCCUCCGCCUUCCCCACGACGGUCGCCCGCGCGUGGCGAUCGAGCCCCAACCGGCCCAUGCUCCCCGGCGAUCGCGUCGCCGUCGUGCUGCCCAACAACCACGCCUUCGGGUAUAUGUUCCUCAUGGCUGCCUUCCUCAAUGCCGCCACCAUCGUCUUCCCGGGCGAAGCGUUCGCUCCCGAGCGACUGAUCGAGACGAUCCGCCAGGAACGCUGUACGCACACCGCGUUGGUGCCCACCAUGCUGCAUGCUCUGAGUGGCGUGGCGGUCGCGCCGGCGCAGAAGCUGCAUUUCCUGAAACGGGUGGUCCUGGCCGGUGCGCCGCCGACGGAGGAGGUGCUCCGCAUCUGUCUGAGCCAUCUCGGGACGCAAGCGGUGGAGAACUUCUACGGCAUGACCGAGGGAAUUGUCGUGUCGACGGACGCGGCGGAGAGCGUCGACGAGGUGAUUUCGGGCCGCGAUGUCUCGAUUGGGCGGCCGUUGCCUGGCGCGAAGGUGCGCAUCUGUGCCAAAGGUAGUCGAGUCCCUGUCGCGAUGGGAGCCGUGGGGGAAGUGCAUUUCUCCGGGCCCAGUCUGAUAGAUGGGUAUAUCGGGAACAGGGACGACGAGAAGUUCUACACCGGCGAGGACGGCCGGCGGUGGUUCUGCACGGGGGACAAAGCGGUUGUCGGGGAGGAUGGGCGGCUGUAUCUGGUGGGAAGGUAUAACGACACGAUCAUUCGAGGGGGUGAGAAUAUCGAGCCCUCGGCCAUUGAGGCGGUGCUGGGCCAGACGGCGGAGUUCCAUGCGCUUGAGCCACAGGUUGUCCGAGCACCGGAUCAGGUUGCUGGUGAGGUGCCUGUUGCGGUUGUGCGGACGAAUGUCGACGAGCAGAUGGCACGCCAGCUCAAAGAUACCGUCCGCACAAAGAUGGGGGCUCUCUUUGUCCCGGCGGGUGUGGUUCCGGUGUCGGCCUUAGGGCUGGAUGACUAUCCCCGGACCCUGGCCGGCAAGGUCCAGAAGUCGAAACUGACCGAGCUGGUCGAGGUUUACUGGAGAGCCCAGAAGUCCCAAGGACGCAGCAGAUUAUACAGUCGCGCGAUGCUUGAAUCAAAGCUGAAACAAGCCUGGGCCCAAGCAUCGGGGCUCAACGAUGCGACGAUGAUGGAUGUGAAUGUCAACCUAGCAGCAUAUGCUGACGUUCGCUUGCUCGAAUCGAUCAAGUCCCAGAUCUGGAAGGACAUGGCCAGCAGCGUCACAUUAUCAAACUGGCUGGCAGCUGACACGGUCGCAGAGGAGAUGGAAGCGAUCGAAGCAAGUGGCCAGGAAACACUUGAGUCGCAUCCCAACUCGCAGCUCAUAGAAUCCCUGUUAGCAGCCAUUGCCUCCGCAAAGGGCGAGAAUAUCGACCCGACCAUGCGAAUGAUUGACCUCGGAAUUGACUCCAUCACCUCAAUUGCGCUGCUCAACCAGAUUCGACAGGAGACAGGCGUGUCUCUCCCAUCAUCCCUCUUCUUCACCCCCCACACCAUCGGCGGGCUCAUUGAGCGUCUACAAUCCUCUACCGACCCAUCCAGCCUUCUCGAAAUCGACUCCGCCACGCAAGAAACACCCCGCGAAUGCUUCUCCACCCUCAUCCAAGGCACCCCCAAGCCCGGCGUCCCCUGCCUGUUCAUGACCCCACCCGGCUCCGGCUACGCCUUCUCGUACGAGCCGCUCCCGAAAUUCGCCAACGACCUAGCCGUCUACGCGCUGGGCUCGCCCUUCCUCAUGAGCAAGUCCGACGCCACCUGGACAGUCGAAGAGGCGGCCGCGCUGUACGUCAAGACGAUCCGCAAACUGCAGCCCGAGGGCCCAUACCUGCUGGGGGGCUGGUCGAUGGGCGCGAUCCUCGCCUACGAGGAGGCCUACCAGCUCCGGCAGCAGGGCCAGCAAGUCCUAGGCAUCAUCAACCUGGACAUGCCGCUGCCGCGUCCGGACCCGCACGUCCUGGAGCCCACGGUCAAGCUGCUGGAGAUCGUCGGCUUCUACCCGGCGAUCCGGCGCGCCGGCAAGCCCGACAUGGAGAUCCCGUCGUACCGGCGAGAGCACAGCCUGGCCUCGGUCCGGGCGAAACUGAAAUACUCGCCCCGCCCGAUGCGCACGGCCAGCGAGGACUCCACUCCGGUCCGGAUCUUCGUGAUCUGGGCGGGCCACGGCGAUCCCGAUCGACUGUCCGCCGUGCUGGUGGAGGCGGACGAGAUCCUGCAGCGGUGUGGCCCCGAGACGCAGGUGCGCACCAGUCAGGAAUGGCUGCAGACGCCGCGGGAGUCGAUGGGCCCCGGGGGUUGGGCGGAGAUGGUCGGGGAGGAGAACGUCGAGUGUCAUGUCAUCGACCAUGCGCAUCACGAUACGCUGAUGGAUCCGGAGGUGGUGGAAUAUACGGCGAGACUGAUGCAGGUGGCUGUCGACAAAUGGUUGUCGUCGUCGUGA